UUUGGAAUACUUCCUCAUUCAACAAAGAUAAAAAAAAAAAAGAUAAUUAGUGCAUGACGUGCUGUGCUUCUACUCUAAUCUACAACAAUCUACAGUUUGUUCAGUUAAUGAACUUGAGCGGUUGAAAAGAUAAAUGGGGAUUAUAGAGAAGUCUGGACUCUUGUGAAGGAAAAGGCUGGGUGGAGGGGUUGCCCUUCCUCCUUUGCCAUCAGAAUUGCACCAGGCAGACCCCAACUCUACUGAUGGAUAAACUGUUUGUUAAGUUUGUUGCCUCAGGAACGCUCCUUCUGUUUGGAAUUGUGUCCAUUCUACUCCUAACUGUACCUAUACAUGAACUGAGAGAGCCUCCGCAGUACAUGUAUGGGAUUGUGCUGGAUGCUGGCUCCUCACAUACUGCCUUGUACACCUACAGAUGGCCAGCGGACAAGUUAAAUGGCACAGGCGUGGUUGCCCAGCACAGCGAGUGUCAUGUCAAAGGAGAAGGGAUCUCAGCUUAUGCUGGUCAGCAGGGUGCAGCAGGCCGUAGCCUCGAGGCAUGCUUGAAGCAGGCCAUGCGGGACAUUCCCCCAGAAAGACAUCAACGCACCCCUGUAUAUCUGGGAGCUACUGCUGGCAUGAGACUUCUGAAAAUAACCAAUCCUGACAGAGCAUCUCAGGUUCUUCAAGAAGUCAAACAAAAAAUCAAAUCCUUUCCAUUCAGCUUUCGAGGAGCAGUAAUUUUGAGUGGUCAAGAAGAGGGGGUUUACGGUUGGGUCACUGUGAACUACCUCCUUGAAAACUUCAUAAAGUAUGGCUAUGUGGGCCGGUGGCUUAAACCUGGCAGAAAGACAGUCGGUGCGCUGGAUUUAGGUGGGGCGUCCACACAGAUCACCUUUGAGACCCCAGAGACAGUUGAAAAUGAGAGAAACCAUAUGACCUUGCGUCUCUACGGGCAAGAGUAUUCCCUCUACACACAUAGUUACCUGUGUUAUGGUAAAGAAGAGGCUCUCCGCAUGAUCCUGGCCUACCUGGUUACAUCACAGGGUAAUACUAGCAAAGUGUACCAUCCCUGCUACCCAUCUGACUUCACUGAUGUCUUCAAGCUGAAGGAAGUGUUUGACUCGCCUUGUGUGGUGUCAAGGAGACCCAAAACUUACGACCCUCAUUCGUGGAUCAGAGUGCAAGGCACCGGGGACUACCAAAGCUGCCUUGGCAACACUUCUGAAAUAUUUUCCUUCCACUUCUGCCCCUUUUCUCAGUGUUCCUUUAAUGGAGUUUUCCAGCCCAACAUCAGCGGGGGCUUCAUGGCCUUUUCUGCCUAUUUCUUCACUCACAGUUAUCUCCAGCAAAGUACAGGGAUAAAGAUCAGCACCUCUGCUCAACUACAGGAGGCUACACAGGCUAUGUGCAAUAUGACCAUAGAAGAGAUGACCAGGAAAUCCCCCCACUUGAAAAAAUACCUGAAGGAUUAUUGUGCAGUUGCAGUGUAUAUACAAGUGCUAAUGCUUAGGGGUUAUAGCUUUGAUGAACAUUCUUUCCAAAAUGUUGCUUUCCAGAAAAAGGCAGGUGAGGCCUCUGUGGGCUGGGCUCUGGGUUAUAUACUCAGUGUGAGCAGCCUUCUUCCAGAGGAACCUACCGGGAUCAGAAAGGGCUUGUGUCCUGCGGCAUGGAUCUGUUUGUUGAUUCUCCUAACCAUCCUCCUCACUGCCACCGUCUGUUACAUGGCUCUCCUAGUGAUCUGGAGGAAAAGGAGGAAUGGAGGUGUCUCAUAGCACACUGUUAUACAGUUAUUUUCUGUCUUGUUUUUCUGUUUGGGCAGGCUUAUCUUAAAAUAAGCUCCACAAUGAUGAUAUGUUUACAUGAAUAAUGCAUUCCUAUAUACUGUCUGUGAUAAUAUUGCAUCUAUUUUAACAGAAAGACAUUUGUUUGUUUUGCCACUGACAAAUAGUUACUGACAGAUAUGAUUUAUGUGCUGCAUCAAACCAUAUGAAAGUUAUACGAAAUUAAAUUCAUGAGACAAGACAUAAAUAAUACUAAAUGCUAUAAUAUAUAAACAUGAUUUUCCAUCUUUACUAUGGUAUACAACAUUUGAACACUGUAUUAUGGUUCCAUCACAGUUUUGUAAGUAAAAUUGUUACUAUUUCAAUAGA